CAGGGACAGGGGCAGGGAAAGGGACAGGGGCGGGAGGGUGCGGGGGUCCCAGCUGAGCGGCGGCCGCAGCCCGGCCCCGGUGCGCGCUGUGCCAGCGGCCCGCCCGCCCCAGCGGUUCGGCAUCCCCGGGCUCCGCCGGGAGCUGCGCCCCGAAUCCUGUGGGUUUGGUUGUGGUUCUUUGUUCGGUGUGGUUCUCUUCCUGCCCGUAUCAUUUCGGUGGCAACUUGGAAGACCGUAAAGGUGUGCUGGGUGAUGACCCCUUGGACCAUCUUGUUCCGUAGGCAGAGAACGAGAGGUACAAAGAGCUGUGCCGGCUGCCUGCCUUGGAGUGUUACUUUUGGUAAACACCAGCCACAAGUGCUCUCUGUUUGGUGGAAGCAAAGAUCUCAUGCUGUUCUCAAUAGGCCUUUUGGGAACAGAUGCAGGAAAAGCUUUUCAGGACAGCAAGUUACCCAUAAUUCUGGUAGUAGAAGUGUGCCAGUAUGCAAUUUAUAAUAGUUCCUGUGAUUAUUCUUGCAGAAAGGUUAGAAGCAUGCAAUUGAUGCUUUAGGAAAUGGAAGAUGCAUCAGAUGGCUUUGAAGCUGUUACAUCAGAAGGAUCAGGUGCAGAGCAAUCACCUGCAUCCUCACAAGGAAAAGCAGUCGGAGAGGCUGGGGACCCAGCAGAGAAGCCUCUGCUUCUGGAACCUGCAGGCACUGCCCCAUCAGAGGAGGGCUGGGACCAGCAGUCUCCUUCUCAAAAUUCAGUACUACCAGAGAGUACAGCAAAUGGGACAGAGACGGCAGGCAUGAUUAAGGAUAAUGAAACACCUAGGAGGACUGGGCCUGAUUUUGAUGAAAUUGUCCAGUCUGAAAAUCAGGAAUGUCUCUCUGGCGAAGUCAUUCCACAGGAUUACCACAUGCCUGAUGUCAUAACUGUCAGAGUACAAACAGGUUCGAAUUCAUUUCAAGAAGUAGUUGUAAAAGUUGAAAGACCUACCUAUAAUAAACCUUUUCUGGGUGGAUUUAGGAACAUCUCAACAGGAGUGGAAUUUCAUAAUGCAGGAUCACAAACAAAACCCAAAAAACGACCUGACAAAGGAAUUCAGUUAUUUUGUAGGGAAACACAGACGGCUGUGGAAAAAAAUACACGACAGCAAACAAGAAAUACAACAUCGACACAGAUGACUAAAAUUGGCCUUUAUGUAUCAAACACGACUGACAAACUAAUAACUCCUGGAAAGUAUUUUACAGCAGAGGAAUACCAUAAACGUAGACUUGAAGCAGUAAUAGUAUUACAGAAAUAUUUCCGUCGUUGGCAUGCUGUACAUUUAUUACAAAAUCUGAAGGAACAAAAGAGGUUAAGGCUGGCACGGGAGGCACAAGAAGAAUUACAGAAAAAAUGGGAGAAAGAAGAAAAAUUGAGGAGGGAGUAUGAGAAAAAACUGAACCCUAAAACAAAAGAAGACUUUGAGCUACUGUAUCAUGACUUGGAAUUAUGGAUGCAGGAGGAGACUGAGCGAAUUAACAGAACUCUUACUGGAGCUAAAAGAAAGGCAGCACUUUGUGCACUGCUGGAAGAGGAGACAGAGCUCAUUGCUUGCAUUGGGAUGCACAAACUAAAUGCCAAUAUGGAGAAUCAGCGAAAAGCAAUACUGCACUUUCUGGGUAAGUGUGCACAACCUAGGAGGUGGAAAGCAUUUGAUGGAAAAAUCACUGAAAUGGAUACACAGAACUCGCUCCGUGGUAAAGAACUACUUGAAAUCUACCGCAGCAUUAACACAAGGGACAUCCCAAAAGAUGAGAGGACAUCUGUGCUGUUAACACUCAAAUGGACAGUGAAGGAACAUGAAUGUAAAUUAACACAGGAAAUAGUGGCAUUAAUUGACAGGGAAAUUGAUCUUUUGUCAAGAGAUGUGAAGGAAAGCAACUUGGAAGGACUGAGGAAAAGAAUUUGCACAUUAUUUCUCCAGUAUAUCAAAACUCCAGAGUUUAACCCUCAAGUUGCUGGGUUACUUAAGGUUCCACAAGAUCCUUUAAAGCUUUAUAAAAACGUUUACUUCUGUCAUAGCUGCGAAAAGUACUUACCACCUACUGAGUUUCCCAUUCCUGCAAGUUCCCACACCAUUGGCAGAUGUCGCUCGUGUUACCAGCUUGAUAAUGAGGCUCGGAAACGAGAAGCAUAUUUCAAGUACAGACUUAUACUAGAAAAUCUCAGGAAGUCUGAAGUUGAUUAUCAGGAUGAUAGUAAAAUUGUUUUCUUAGUUCAGCUUCCAGAUAUGCAGUACCUGAUUGAGCACAUCUGGAGCUGCCAGUCAGCUCUCAGUGCCUGCAGCAACCUGUAUGAUUUGGUUAUGGUCAGGUGGGAUAAGCAACAUGAGUGGUCCCCAUGGAACACUAUUCUCCUCACUAAAGAAGAGGCAGAUGCACAUCUUAAGCUGUGUAACCUUCAGAAGAAUGGACAGUAAUCCAGAAGGCAUCUGGCAUGUACAGCUCAUUCCAUGUACCUGAACUCUCUUGCCCCAGUUCUCCCUCCUGAAAUGCAAGAAGCAGAGUGGCCUCAUCCAUGCUGCCUGCUGAGAACACUGCCAUGCAUGGUCUCUUCCUUCAGAUCAGAUCAGACAAGAGCUAGGCUGGAUGAAAAGCAUACUAAAGACUAGCCAUAAAUACUGUGGCCAUUGUGUGCCUGUGCUCUUGCACAUUGCACAUUGCUCUUGCACAUUGCUCUGGCCUUAUUAGUUUUUGGUCUUCUAAAUUUCUCAUCAAAUAGAAGAAUGCUUCCUUGUCUAUUUGUUAUAAAAUUUGCCACUACUUUCUUACAUAAAUAUCAGCAGUGUCCCUUACAAUGUAACCUUACAGUUUGCAUUUAAGCAAUAGAAACAUAAUUUCUGUUCUGAGUUAAAACCACUUAGGACUGUGUUAAACUGAUAAUCAAAUCACACAAAUCCCCCCCUCAAAUUCCAUAUCUAAACAUGGUAGGCUAUGAAAUACCUCUCCAUUGAACAUAAUAUAUUAAGAGUAUUUAGUUUUGUAAGGCAUAGGAGAAUCCUGUGAGUUGUCUUUGUCCUGCACUUAAUAAUGGCUUAUUAAUCCUUUCAGUUUGAGGUUAU